UCCUCCACCCUCUCAUGAUCUCAUCUCAGUCCAGCCGAACGAAUAGAGGUUGGCAGGCUGGAGACUGGUUUCCGACUAAUACCACCGCAUCGGCUCCAUCGAGAUCAAAUCCGAUAAAGCUACCCGCCAGGCCAUCAACCCCCCUCCCCUCCAGUCUUCUUGGCAUUGAUCUCAUCGCGUCCGCGGUGCGUGAAUUUCUCUUUCCAGGUGCUCUGUAGUCUAGAUAACCGGCCAUGUUCGACGCCCGCACUUGUGGCCCUGGGACCCAUGGUGUUGGUGGCAUAUUUCCGAAUCGGCCAAUGCGGCCUGUAUGCCCUCUGCCGCAUCCCCGCCGUUUCGUUAGGGCCAAGACGAUGGCGAGCGACGCCGGGGCAGCUCCUCGUCAGCAAAAGAGUCUCCCUCCACGUACUUGUGCCUCACAACCUGGCGACCUGGCGACCUGGACCCCUAGAGUCCUCGUCGUAGACGGGCCAAGUCGUCCAGAUGACUCUCGAUCCCUGCCGAUCACCGUUGCCAACCCGGGCCACUCUUGUAUACGGGGCGCCAGGAGAUGCCGAUCGAACAGGAGACUGUGGCAAAGGCUCAACGGUUGAUGGUAGAAAAAAAGGGGGCUCAUUACAUCAGGCCCGUCUCGAGCGCUUGGCACGUAGGGGAUUUGUGAGCAAACUCGCUUCGUAAAGAGGUUCGAUGCCCAGACUGCGCGGGCGCGUCAGAAACCAAACAGGACAAACUCAUAUAGCACGCGGUCAAACAAUCAAUGCUUCAAAGGUGUUCACCAGCACGACUGUUCCGCUCAGUCUGCCCCCUCCCCCCUAAAGCAGAGUAGUCGGAGACACAAAAGCCCCCCAAGUUACCUCGUCCAGACAAACUCGCCCAGAGCUACCAGCGUUUCCCGCGUCUGCAACCAGCUACAUCGCGGCAGACGAAAGACUCCCGUGACGGCCGUGACAGUGGCCAUGACCGGGGCUGGGGCUCGAGUCGCACUCGGGCACGGGCACGAGGGUUUGCAGGAUGUCAACACGUUAUUUGCACGCGUGCGUCGGGAGGUGAUCGCGGGCUUCCGCAUGGGAACCUUGGCUCGUGGAGCGGCUCGAGACGACGUAGGUGAGUUGCAGUUCGAUGUCCCCUCUGACCGUGGUUCUGGGUUGAAUUCGAGGCGGCCAGACGAUCUGUCUUGAGUCCUCGAGAGAUGACGGGAGGUAUGUUUGUUCGCCUUGCUGCCUUAAGUGGAAGGAAGGGCCGCCUCGUCUCCGUCACUCGAGUAGUCACGAACUCGAGUUGUAUUAUCGCCCGUCACCUAGAAAGCCGUUGCCGGAUCGUGUCAUCUUCGAGAGACUACUGCUUGGGAUGUCGUCAACCGGCGUUUGCUCUCAGGCACCGCCUCGCGAGGACUACAACUUGACGUUGUCGCAUCGGUCCUGCUCUCCAGUUCCAGCAAUAUGGGCUGUACACGCCAAAACACAUUCCGCCUUGCCGCUGUGGUGUGUUUAAACGAACGGUCACGCUCUGACGUUACUGACCGCGACCGAGGGAACCCCAAUAGGUCAUGCUGGUUGGCGUCUCGUCCUCAAGUAGUCGAGUCCCAAACGCUGAAUAACUGUGGCUUGUAUCUUGGGAGCUCACAAUCUCCCCCGGGGCCCCUUGCCGCGAGGGACUAUCCAUCUUCAGGCAAGGUCACCAGCCUCACUGACCCUGCUGGGCAAGCCAACGGAAAGGCUUUUCCUUUGCCCUAGAAACCCCCCUCAUGGUCCAGAAGCCUCCCUCGAGAAACAGCACAGACUCUCAACCCGUGAACCGUCUAGAAAGUGCUGCUAGUUGGGCAACCUGGGGUCACGCGUGUCUGGCUCAGGCCAGAGGCAGCAACAUCCGCCUCGGAAAAGGUCUGCUGAGGUUGCAAUCCCCUGAGCCAGUGCGUCAGUUAUCGGUCCCAUGAAUCGCAACAAUCACAACCAUCGCGGCCGCGCCCAUUCGGUAGCGUCAUUCUCUUCCCCUCGGAAAGCGUUUGCAGUGUGUCUCGAGACAGCCACUCGGCAUCCUCUGAGGCAUCGCCGUGGUCCCUGUCCGUAAUUGCCUACUGUUGUCCGCCAGCUCUGUCGCGGCCUCUGAUUCCUUAGCUCGUGGUAUCGACUGGGUGAACAGACAGUAUGAGGACAGCACGCCCUAUGAUGUCACUGGACUACUCUCAGAAAAGCACGAAUAGCAGAGAGAAAGAAAGAGGGACUGGAAUCACCAGUCGAUACUCAGGUUGGACAUAUGUCUCCUGCAUCAGACCGUGAGACGGAAGACUCUAUGAACCUACCUAACGAUGGUCUUGCUAACCAGCAAAGUUUGCUAUGUCGAGCAGCUUUCGAGCAGCGUCUGGCAGGCUCUAGAUCCUAUAAACGUCGUGAGAUACAUCAUUCGGGGAGGACCGUAGGUAGAACCGCGAAACCGCUUGGCCUUCACGCUCGUCGGCAUGCAUGACGGGAGUGGUCGACCGUCGGCGGGUCAUCCGCAUGCUUGCUUCCCUUGCUCAGUCCCAGGCCGACCACCUCCGCCGGGAUCGGAUACUCGCUGCCAACGCCAACCGGCGACGAAGCCAGCCUGCCGGCGGACGACCCGCCCCGCAAAAACCGGAUCGACGCCGAAACUCUCCGGCCGCCGGCGGACGAGCGUGGGUUACCGGGUCGCGUGCACCCGCGCGCACUCUUGACCCAUCGGGUAGCAUCCUGUCUUCCUCACCACCCAUCGCCACAGCCACGCUCGGGAUAGACCGCGUCGUCACCUCGCACGGCAUGAGAAGCUCCAAGAAAGGCGUUACGCCCCCGUCGGAAACCCAACCCCCUCCCUCCGCCUCACCCGGCUGACCGCCUCGCAUAUUUUCCCUUCCGCAGCCGCAUACGGCGUGACAUCCCAUCCAUCGGGUUCGGACGCGGUGACACCUGUGCUCCUCUUGCCCUCCCCACCCCGUCUUUUUUUCGUCCCAC